UUUCGUCGUGUUUGGUUCGCCAUCUGGAGGCAGCGCUCUCUCAGCUUUCAUUUCGAAACCAAAACAAACCUAAACGAAUAUUCCCAAAAAAAAAAACACAAUCGAAUAUAUAGAAAUUGCGAGGAAAAAAUAUCACCCCGAAAAAAUCCCGUAUUGAAUGUGUGCCAAAUCGCGUCCGCAACUGGGUUAUCAAAACUCAAAAACAGUGCUCGAAUUUCCCCAGUGAACUGUGUGAGCUGCUUAGAAGAGGAUAGGAAAGAAAAAAACCCGCCAAAAAUUCUGACAAGUGCCAAAACGUUGCAAGUGAUACGUUACAACUGUGUUCAGUGCUAAAGAAACCAACGAGUCGAGUUGCAUAUUAAGCUGCAACUUUGAUAUCGUCGCAUUUUGGCAGCGCCUGAUUCAAUUCAAUUGUCUGGUCUUCGGGCAAACUCCUCGCUCCUCCACGCAGGCCAUCAGAAAAACUGCCAAAAUUCCGAAGAAUCCGAGGAAAACACCAAAAACAUCGACACGUACCGCAUCGGCAACCGGUGGCGGUGGGGGAGGUGCUGGCGGAGGCGCCACCACCAGCACGAAAAUGGCAUCUAAAAGAAAAGCCUCGGUGUUGCUGCACAAGGAAACCAUUCCGGCAACACCGGUCGUGAGCACCGAUGCCACCGCCAGCGUAGUUGGUGUGGGCGUCGGCGGCGUCGGCGGAGGAGGGGCAGGAGCAGGCGCGGGGGGGCGGUGGCAGGGAGUGGGCGGAGCCGGCGGACUGCUGGGCGAUGUGGUCAGCGGACUGGGCGCCGUCAACGAAUCCGAGGCCUAUGCCGGCCUAAUGAAGGACGCGGACAAGCUGAAGCUGAUGCUGCUGGCCUGGAACUACCAGAACUCGACGGCAGUGCGGAAUGGAACCGAAGGUCCGGAUCUGAGUGUCGUCGGCGGUCUGUGGGCGCAGUACCAGAACGCUCUGGCCCAAAAUGCAGCGGCGGCGGCGGCGGCCAGCGGCAAGUUGGACAGCUCACUGUCGCCGGUGCCGCGGCAGGAUGCCCACUCGCCCAUGGAGACGCAGGACGAGACGAACUCGUCGGGGCAGAAGGAGGAGGACGAGGUGUCCGAGGACGACUCCGACGACAAGCUGGACGAGAAGCUGGCCACCACACACGAUCCCGAGCGGCUCAAGGCCUUCAAUAUGUUCGUGCGACUGUUCGUCGAUGAGAAUCUCGAUCGCAUUAUUCCCAUCUCGAAGCAGCCCAAGGAGAAGAUCCAGGCCAUCAUCGACUCCUGCGCAAGGCAGUUCCCCGAAUUCAGUGACCGAUCCCGCAAACGCAUCCGCACCUAUCUCAAGUCGUGCCGGCGCAACAAGAAGACACGCGACGGAUGGGAGAAUACGACCCGCCCCACUCCCGCCCAUCUGACGUCCGUGCAGGCGGAGCAAAUCCUGGCCAUCGCCUGCGAGAACGAAUCGAUGAACGCCAAGCGGAUGCGCAUCGGCCUGGAGCCGAUCACCCAUGCGGUGCCCGCUCCCGGAAGUGCGGUGGCCGCAGCUGCGGCGGCAGCGGCGGCGGCAGCGGUGGUGGCGGCCACCAGUUCGGGCGCCGGCGGCACCAGCACCACGUCCGCCGGCAACGCCACGGCGACCUGCGGCGUGGGAGGCGUGGCGGAAGGCGGACUGACCAGCGUGGCGGCCGCAGCACUGCCGUUCGUCAGCGCCGUCGGCUUUGCACGCUCCACACCCAACUCGGAGCACGCGGACGUGCUGCCCUUCGGUGGGGCGAGCACUGUGGGCGGCAGCGGGGGCGGUGGUGCCGCCGGCGGAGGCGGUGGCGGAAUGAGUUCGGCGCGCAGCUCCCCACUGGCCCUCAGCUCGAAUGCCAGCGUGAGCGGAGGCGCCAGCGUCACCGGGCUGAACAUGGCCAACGGAGCAGGAGCCUCGAACGGAGCCGGUCUUCCGGCAAGCAGUCCCUACACCACGGACUUCAGCUCCCCCUCGACGGCCUCGCCAUUUGUGGCAGCGGCUGCGGCCGUCGCCGCUGGCCGGGCUCCCAGCUAUCCUGGGUAUUUUCCCGGAGUGGCUGGCCUGGGAAAUGUUACGCCCACCGAUCUCUCGAUGAAGCCGACCAGCGGCCUCGGCGGCAACCUGGUUAGCAACAACAACAGCAACAGCUCCGUGGCGGGCAACAUCAACACGCAGCUGAGUGCCGCCAACCUGGCCAGCUUGAGCAAUGCGAACAACAACAACGCGCUGGUGACCGCCACGCAGCAGUUGCAGCAGCUGCAGCAACAACAGCAGCAGCAACAGCAGCAGCAGCAGCAACAGCAGCAGCAGCAACAACAGCAGCAGCAGCAACUCCUGGUGGCCGGCGGAGGCGGGAUGGACGGCCAGUCCGUCCGAGCGCCCCCCAUCCUGCCGCACAAGCUGAGCGCCAACGAGGUGACCGCCGCUCGGCAGGUGAUAUCCGCUUACCGCGAAAGUGCCGCCUUCCUGCUCCGCACCGCCGAUCAGGUGGAGCAGCUGCUCGUCCAGCAGCAGUAGGCGUUGCCCGAGAACCGAGGAUCGAGCGGGGUUGUUCCUAUUUUAAAUUAAAUUUAAAAUGAAUUACACACACACACUCCAGACAAACGAAACGAAACACAAGCCAAAAGCCAAACUAAGCGAAAAUAGUCAAACCAUAUAGCGCAAAAAACCGAAAGACGAACCAACGACUGGCUCACAGGAUGCAAGGCAGAACCAUAAUGUAGUUAAGGAAGUUCGUUCAAACAAAACAUUUUAAGUGUUUUUUCCUCCAACUACGUACAGCAUAUUUAAAAUAGAACUUAACGAUAAACAAAAACCAAAUGAAAUAUUGAAAAUAUCACAACAGUAAAAUAGUAGAGCUGCUAAGGUUAGCUGACUUGAUUCCAAACUAAAUUCAAUUCAAACUUCACUUCCUUAAAAUCGUACACUUUCGGUUUCGGUAGGCGAUAAAGAAUAUCCACUGUAAGGAUGGUUUCAUUGGAUUCUCUUGAACUUUCUAAUGUAUUUCAAUUCGAACUUCUUCCUGAAAGACGAUCAGCAUUAGUUACAUUUCAGAUAGCAAGGCGGCUCUAGUAAAAAUAAAACCAAGCAGCAGUUCAACGUACUACAGUGUCUACUAAAAGUAAAAAACUACAAUAGCCAUACACCAACACUCGCAUUGAUUUUGUUUCAACUUUUUAUUAUCGCAUAUUUUUGGACUCUCGUCCUAAGGAGAGCCGCAGAUUCCGGGCCCGUUUUUAAAGUGCGCGAUUUGUUAAAAAAAAUUUAAAUAUAAUAAAUAAGUUGAAGUAUUGUUGUAAAUUUUAAGCAAAUGGAUAAAAAGGAAAAAAAAAACCAAAAAAAAUCGUAAAACUAUGAGAAAACACAGGGUGAUACUUUGAAAAAUUAUUACAAUGCAUAAGCUAAAAAUUAAUAAAAGAAAAUGUAAAAAAAAAUUUAUGGAAAUGAAGUAAGGCAUAGAUGUUGGUAAAUGUGUAUUUAACGUUUAGAAAUUACAUUUGUAUACUGUUUCCAGGAUUUAUUGUUCUUCAUUACUAUUGAGUUUCUUAUCUGAUUCCCUUUUUGUUAAGUGUAUAUAAUUUUGAAGUUUUCAUUCUGAGACAUUUUUAGUUUGACUGUUGCUUUUUGCUCACAUUCGAUUUUUAAAUAGAUACGGAAUAAAAUAUUUAAAUACAAAAUAGCCAUUCAUGUUUUUUGCAAAUAUAAAUGUGCAUGUAAAAAUAAGAAAACAUUUACACAAACACAUAGAAACACAUGGAACAUUGGUAUGUAUGAGUGUGCAGAACGAAAGGGAGAACCGCUAUGCAAGGCAAAUUAUAGAAUUUAAUUAUAUAAAUUAAUUGCUAAAAUUAUUUAACCACAAAUAAUUAUUGACUAAAACUAAAUAAAUACUCCAAACGAACUUGAUGAAUGGCUUGCAAGGCAGGAGAAAAUAUUUAUACGGAAUACUUAAAUAUAAUGUAAUGUGUGGCAUUUGCAUUGACGAGUAAACUAAUUAAACUAACACGAGGGCAACACAAAUGAAACAAGACAUUUUAAAAAUCGAAUUAAUAAAGAAUUUAUGAGAAUUAUAUGUACAUUAAAAAACUGAAAUUUUUAUUGGGAUUUAUUGGUAUUAUAUAUUUUAUACGAAGUGAUUGGAAUGGAAUGACUCUAAAUAUUAUUAUAAUAUAAUAUAAUAUGGUUUAAUGGAGUUU